AUGAGACAUCUGUUGUUCUUGGUCAGAGACGUGGAGCUGUUUGAGUGUGGCGCCAGAUUCCAGAAGCCUAUGAUCCCACCUGUGUACGAAGACGAUGGAAAGGAGACUUUUGAGGAGCUCCACGAGAUAAGAAAACUUUUAAGAAUUUAUUGGACUAAAAAAUGGAAUGAUCUGCCACAGCAGAAGAUUCAAGCAUGGAUAGAGCGGAUAGCUCAUCAUGUUAAGGAGAUUAUACGCUGUAGUGAUGGCGAUGAGUUUAAGGUCGUACAGGGAAGAAUAGCUGUAAGCAAAGCUGGAAGGUCCGUGAUUAAAAGAAAGCUAUUAAGACAGGAAGAUCUUGGGGAUCUCUAA